UAGAAUGUCAUCUCUCUUUCCUCAAUUGGGUAAACCUACAUCAGCUUCAGAAAACUUCCCUUUAAAUCCUAUGCAGAAACUACAAGCUCAUCGAUAUGUUCUUCUGAAUUGUGCAAUAGUCAUGCCAUUUGUGGACGAAUUUAGAGAAUACAUAAAGAGGAGUUCAAGGGGAAGAAGACCUUCACCUACAGAGAUAGAGAGGAGAGUUAAUAAACAGUUUGUUGAUUGGUUUCAAAAGCGGAUUAUGAAUCAAGACACAAUAGAUACAAUGUCUAUCGAUCUAAAGUUUUUAGCACGAGGUCCAUCUGUAAAUACAAGAAAAUUUACUGCAUAUAACAUCAAUGAGUCCAAAUUUCAAACUUUGGCUCCAAAAGAAGGUUUGAAAACACAGAAUAGUGGAGUUUUCUUAACCUCCAAAACAUCAUGUGUUGCAAGCAGUGUUGACGGAAAUUUAAGGCAAGCAGAGUUACCAUAUUAUGGGAAGUUAGAAGAUAUUAUUGAGAUUAAUUACAAUGGACGGUUCAAGGUUGUUCUUUUCAAAUAUUGAUUCAUACUGGUGAACGUGAAGAACAUGAGCCUUACAUCGAAGCAUCUCAAGCACAAACAGUGUACUAUGUGGAUGAUAUUGUCAAUAUAGGGUGGAGUGUUGCUAUGCAUCUAAAGCCAAGAGAUUUAUAUGAUAUGGGAGAAGUAAUGGAAGAACAAGUAUAUGAGAAUGAACCAUACCAAGAGCAAGAACUAGACCAAUUUUUCGGUGAUGGUGAUGAGUAUGUUCAGCUAGCUACAGAUUAUAUAAUUGAUGAUAUAGUAGAGGCAAAUUUUGCUACUAACCUAGCAACAGAUGCAAUGUCUGACUGAGUUUUACUGAAGAUUUUUGUUAAUUCUAUUUUUUUAUUGAAAUUUUCUAUGUUGAUAUAUUUAUUGGCUUUUAAUGGAUAUGUUUGAUUCAUUAGAAAAAGAUUGAACUUUUGAUUGGAGAAAGAUUUUCUUUUAGAGAUUUCAUUUUAAAUUUCAAAGGACUUG